AUGACAUUCAACUCUUCUGGUUCUGCAAGAGUUCUUCCUCCAAUCAUGAUUCCUUCGGUCUCUCAAAACAUCACGCCUGUUUUACCGCCUGUUUCACGUCUUACUCCACAAGUACCUCGGACAGUUCUCCCUGCCGACUUUUCUAAUCCUCAUGACGUCAACCUCAUACCAUCGCCAAUGCAUCUCUCACACACAUAUGCCAGCUCAACGCCAACUGUAGCGACUAAAAGUGUUGCUUUGAACAUAUAUCCCGCUCCCUCAUCCUCUGAAACUACGUCUACGCCCCCCUUAUCAAAUGGACACAUUCAUUUUGACACGCCACAAUUUAAGCAACAAUCUUAUUCACAAACAAGAUCUAUUGAUGCUACGCCUCAAAUAACAAUGACCACCCCUCCAAAUACACAUAAUCACCAUGGUAUUUCACAUCAAAUUUAUCAUCAGGCCAAGCAAUUCGAUCCUGCAACCGAGUUGCUGGCUGAAAAAAGGCGACGAAAUGCUGGUGCAUCGGCUCGCUUUCGUGAUCGGCGAAAACAACGUGAAAGGGAGAUGCAAGAAAAAUGCCGAUUUCUGGAACGACGAGUUCAAGAAUUGGAGAGUACCGACAGUGCCAAGCGCAUAGCUGAAUUAGAAAAAAGAUUGAUGGAGGUUACCGAGGAAAAAAAUGCUUCCCAAUAUAAAUUACGAGAACUGGAGAAAGAGAUUUGUCAACUACGUUCCAAAUUGUGCGAACAAUUCGAAUUUCUCACUCCUCCUCCCUCGUCAUCGGGGGAAUAUGACUCCAAGGAUAGCCCUUUUGAUACCUCUUUAAGAACUUCAAGAGAAUCCUCAACAUCUUCGGAACGUCCACGCAAAUCGAUUGAUGUCAAAUCACUUUUAUC